UGGUUACAGCUAUGAAUGUUUAUGUUGCUACUUGUUACCUACUUUUAAUUUAAAAAUUGUACCACCUCAACGUGUCAAUUUUAGUUACAUUAGAAGCAUGCAAUACGUUGAUAUGAUGCUGAGAGUUUAUAAAUUUCUAUUUUGAUUUUUGACUAGUGUACUAUAACAGUUAAGUUGGAACAUUUAUAAGAUUCUUGGAACUGCAGCCCUGCCAACCCAGAUCCACUGCAUGCUAUAGAGCGUAGACCAUUCCCUCAGAUUAUCAGUUCCCAAUACUAUAACGCCCCUUUUCAAAUCCAUCACUUUCUCUCUCUCUUAAAGAAGCUCAUUGCUGAAGAGAAACUCAAAAGCAUGGGGUUUUCUAGUUAUUUCUUGACUUCCUUGCUUCUGGUUGUAGUGUUCAAUGUGGCUAAAGGGCAGCCUCUGGUCCCUGCCCUGUUCAUAUUUGGGGACUCUGUGGUUGAUGUGGGAAAUAAUAACCACUUAUACACCGUUGUUAAAGCAAACUUCCCUCCUUAUGGAAGAGACUUCAAGAAUCACAAUCCAACAGGGAGGUUUUGCAAUGGAAAGCUUGCAUCAGACUACACAGCUGAAAACCUUGGAUUUACCUCUUACCCACCAGCUUACCUCAACUUAAAGGCCAAAGGAAAUAACCUCUUGAAUGGUGCCAACUUUGCCUCUGCUGCUUCAGGCUACUAUGAUCCCACAGCCAAGUUAUAUCAUGCAAUUCCAUUGAGCCAACAGCUGGAACACUACAAAGAGUGCCAGAAUAUAUUGGUGGGAACAGUAGGGCAGCCUAAUGCUUCAUCAAUUAUAUCUGGUGCUAUAUAUCUCAUCAGUGCUGGGAACAGUGACUUUAUUCAGAACUAUUAUAUAAAUCCACUGCUUUACAAGGUUUACACUGCUGAUCAAUUCUCAGACAUUCUCUUGCAAAGCUAUGCCACUUUCAUUCAGAAUUUAUAUGCACUUGGAGCAAGGAGGAUUGGUGUGACAUCAUUACCUCCAAUGGGUUGUCUGCCAGCAGCCAUCACUCUCUUUGGCUCUGAUAGCAACCGUUGUGUGGUUAAACUAAAUAAUGAUUCUGUUAACUUCAAUAAGAAGCUAAAUACCACAUCUCAGAGCUUGCAAAAAUCUCUUUCGGGUCUCAAAUUGGUCAUCCUUGAUAUCUACCAACCUCUCUAUGACCUUGUCACUAAACCUUCUGAAAAUGGAUUUUUUGAAGCAAGGAAGGCUUGCUGUGGAACAGGCUUGCUAGAAACAUCUGUAUUGUGCAAUCAGAAGUCCAUAGGAACAUGUGCCAAUGCAUCUGAAUACGUAUUUUGGGAUGGUUUUCAUCCCUCUGAUGCUGCAAACAAGGUUUUGUCAGAUGACUUGUUGGCUGCUGGCAUCUCUCUCAUAUCCUAAUUGAACACUACUCAGCUCAUAUCUGCUUUGGAUUCAUGUUUUUAAGAAUUGUGUGGUUACUGUUUUAUUAGUUUGGCUUAUGUAAAAGCAGCUUGAAUAUGUUCAAUUACAAUGUUUACUGUGUUUUUUCAAGUUUCGUGUAAUAAGACCAAUAUUCCUAUUGAGUUUUCAUGUAAAUUUUCUUUCUUGAGUAUUCAAAGCUGCUCCUGAUGGAUUCGUAUUCAA